GAACAAGAAGGCUCACAGCAGCUGGAACAUGGGCGCCAUCCUGGAAGGGGAUCGCGGUGGCUUUGCCUGUUGUGGGCCCAAGGAGCGGUUUUCCAAGGAGAUGAUCCUGAAGGCUGAGGAAGGGGACCACGAUUGGAUUCAGGGGAUCCUGAGGGACAACUUUGUCAGUGCCGAUGUGGCCGACUCCAAGGGCUACACUGCGCUGGCUGCAGCCGCCGUUCAUUGUCACUGUGACAUUGUCAACCUUCUGCUGGACUUCGGGGCUGACGUGAACAAGUGCACGGACAAGGGCCUCACGGCACUGAGCAUGUGCUUCCUCCUCUACUACCCGCCCAGGGCUUUCAAGCCCAAUGUCGCUGAGAGGACCGAGCCUGAGCCCCAGGAACCCUCAAAACCCCUGGCCUUUCCAAACCUUCUGUUCUCCGUUGCGGAAACGAACACGGAGUGUCCCCGCUGCGAGGAGGGCGGCGGCGAGCUGAAGCUGGCCUCGGGCAGCGAGGAGGGCAGCCUCUCCGCAGGCGCUGGGCGCUCCCGGGAGUCCGCCGACCUGAAGAGCAGCUCUCUGACCUGGGACUCGCUGUCAGCGAGGGGCAGCGUCAGCGACGUGGAGAAGGGGCCCGAGGACACGUCGGGAAACACAGACAAGUGCACUCUGUGCAGCAACGAGACGCGCUUCGAGUCCGACGUCUGUGUGCGCAGCCUGUCCAUCCAGCUCUCACAGAGCCUGCUGGAGAAGAGCGCGCAGGCCCACAGCAUGCUGCCAGGCCCCGCCAGCCCCGACAAGGGGACCAUGAGGAGAAUGGCGCUGUCCAUGGUCGAGCAGAGAAACCGGUGGCGGACCAUCCAGUUGCUGCUGCGCCGAGGCGCCGACCCCAACCUGUGCCGUGUGCCCAUGCAGGUCCUGUUCCUGGCCGUCAGGGCGGGGGACGUGGACGGGGUGAAGCUGAUGCUGGAGCACGGCGCGAGGACAGACAUCCGGCUCCCCCCCAAGCUGGGGGCCCUGACGCCCCUCCACAUCGCCGCUGCCCUCCCCGGGGAGGAGGGCGUCAGGAUCACGGAGCUGCUGCUGCACGCCGUCACCGACGUGGACGCCCAGGCGGCCGACCAGGACCACGUGUACGGGCCGGACAAGCCAGACCUGUUGUUCUCAAGCAUGAAGCUCAGCAACGAGCCAGGCCCGCCCAGCACCUACUACAGCCCGCACGCGGCCCUCCCGCAGGAGGGGGGCAGGACGGCUCUGCACGUGGCCUGCGAGCGGGAGGGCAACAGCAAGGUCGUGAAGGAGCUGCUGUCCCAGGGGGCUGACCCCAAUCUGCCCCUAACCAAAGGCUUGGGCAGCGCCCUGUGUGUGGCCUGCGACCUCAACUAUGAGCACCGGAGGAGCACGGACAGCAAGCUGGCCCUGAUUGACCGACUCAUCAGUCACGGGGCUGACAUCCUGAAGCCCGUGAUCCUCACGCAGGGGGACAAGGUGGCCGUGGGCACGGCCGUCGACUACGGCUAUUUCAGUUUCUUCCAGGACCGGAAGAUCGCCCACUGCCCCUUCCACGCGCUGAUGCCGGCGGAGCGAGAGAUGCUCCUGGCCCGGAAGAGGCUGCUGGAGUACCUGGGCUCCCACCUGCGCCGCGCCGUCUUCGCCAAGGAGAGCCAGUGGGACGCGACGCUGCUGUACCUGAGCAAGAAAGCGGAGCUGACCCCCAGCCACAGAGUGAGGAAGAGGAGCCCCGGCCUGCCCACGGACCAGGGUGCCCAGGAGCAGGAGCACAUCCCCUUCUUCAAGUUCUGCUACCAGUGCGGCCGCUCCGUCGGGGUCCGCCUGGCGCCCUGCACCCGCUGCUACGGGAUCCUCACCUGCAGCAAGUACUGCAAGACCAGAGCCUGGGCCGAGUUCCACAGGAAGGACUGCAGCGACAUGGCGGCCAUCGGAAAGAUGUGCACGAAGGACUCUCAGAAGCCUGUGAAGCCGCAGAGCAAGGGGGUGCCCCGCGGGCCCGAGAUCCUGCGGGACCGGACGAAGCGCGUCUACUCCGCCAGCCACCAGUGA